CUUCUUCCGGCGGACCGUCACGGUUCGAUCCUAUAAGCUCUUAACCCGGGCUGCUCCCUCCGAGGAUAUAGAAUGAGAUCAUCCGCUCCUUCUCUCUCGGAGAUGUCAUGUCGGGUUUUCCCUUGUAGACAAACUUGAGUUCCCGGACCAGUAUCAUUUCGCUGCCCGCUCGAGACAUACAGAGAGCAGCAUUAUGUGGUCAUUAUCAAGACUGCCCGUCUUUGGCCUGAGUUUCUUGUCAGCCUCGGCCACUAUUCUCCAAAACGGUCAACCACGGAUAACCACCUUCCCCGACACGCGGAUUGACCCGUCGUCAUACUCCUUCAACACGCACCCGCGAAAUGCGAGUGAGAUUUCCUACAAAGGGCGAUGGGAUUCCAAAUACGUCUCCUGGUGGUCGGCUCCCGGAAUCCAGUUCGGAUAUACCGGGCAAAUAGUGGCAGUUACUUUUGGCAAUUGGACCAGCGAUGGUGUUCUUGUUGGGUACCGCAUCUCCGGCCUGGAUUGGAUCUUCACCAACGUCACGGCGGGCGGUACACACCUCUUUGUGUCUCCAGAGACCCCAGGGUCUGACUUGAUGGCGCCCAUAAGUCCCUCAAUCUUUGAGUUGCGAGUGACGAACUGGGCAUAUGGGAUCCAGAUCGAGUCCGUGCACGUUGCCAAGGGCGAAAAGCUGAUCAGAAUUCCUGAUUAUGGUCGUCGUAUCGAGGUCAUCGGUGACAGUCUUGCCUCGGGAAUGUAUACCUCGUACGAAGGACUAUCGAGCUGGGCAUACGGACUUGGUGCAGGUCUUGGAAACACAGAAUAUAGUAUAACUGCAUAUCCAGGCAUCUGCGCGGCAGAUCAAAACUGCUGGGGCAACCCUCACGGGCAGGUCCAUCAAUGGUUUUAUACAUCGGAUACGAGCCCCAGAGCCUCUGUCAUGUAUGGAGACAACCCCGAGCCAUGGGACUUUAGCAAGCGCCCAGCCGCCGACAUAGUCGUCAUCAAUAUCGGCACCAACGAUCAAAACUCACACAACAACGUUUCCACAACUAUCUACAUCGACGCUUUAACAAGAAUCAUCCAAGGUAUCCAUGGCAAGUGGCCCAAAGCUCAAGUUGUGGUUAUGUCUCUCUGGUUAGGCUUCUACCAAUCCGGCAACACCUACCUCCCCAACGCGCCCCAGGGCUUCGUCAACGAGAUCUACCACAUGUACAAGUGGUUCAACUCGGAUGACUACCUCCGGAACCCGAUCGUAUACGAUGGAGUGACAAAGAAGACACUGAAAACCGGCAAGAAGACCAAGCCCUUUGUGCACUACUUCAACACCACGGGCAUCAUGCAGCAUAAUGAUAUCGGGCCCCAGUGGCAUCCUACGGAUGUAGGGGCUAUCAAGGUUGCUAGUCAUUUGCAGCAAUUUAUUAAAAUGACUUUUGGGUGGGAGUUUUAUGCUACUGGGCCUGAGGUCUUCCACGAGACGGAGUAUUGGAAUGAUGAGUCUGGGUAUUGA